GCCUCCCCCGGUCCCGCCCCCGCCGGGCCCUGGACGUAACCGAUUCCCCGCCCCUCCGUUUCUCCCCGUACUUGGGGCUGGCUCUUCCUACUCCUUCCUCCUUUUUCCUCCUCCUUCCUCCGGCCGCAGCCAAGCCGGGCCCGGAGCCGGAGCCGGCGGUGAGUGGAGCCUUCGAGGGCCAGGGAGGUAACCCAGAUCGCCGUCGCCCGCCGGGGGCCGGGAGGAAUCGUCCGCUGAGCGCCCCGCGACCCCCGCCAGGGACAGCCCUGACAGCCUGCGCCCAGCAUCGAGACCUGGCCCCAACCAGGCUGAGCCUGCUGAUUGGAUCUGAGUGGGAUGGGCACAGUCCAGCCUGAUGGAAGAGAAGACCAAGAAAGUGGAGGAGAUGGCCCUGAAGCUGGCUCGGGCUGUGGCUGGUGGGGAUGAGAAGGUGGCAGUGAGCUGUGCCACCUGGCUGGCAAAGCAUCGGGCUCUACUGACACUGCAGCUUAGAUCAGAGGUCUAUCCCAAACAGGAGAUCAAGCUAUGGGUGGGUGUGGAGGACGCUCAGAUGCACACUCUUCACAUCUGGCUUAUGGUGCGGCCCAACAUGACAGUGGCUUCUCUGAAAGACAUGGUCUUUCUGGACUAUGGCUUUCACCCAAGCCUGCAGAGGUGGGUAAUUGGCCAGCGGCUGCCCCGUGACCAGGACACGCUGCAUUCCUAUGGGGUGAGACAAGAUGGCGACAAGGCAUACCUCUACCUCCUGUCUGCCCACCACACCCAGCUUAGCCAGCAGGAGCUACAGCGGCAGCGGCAGCUCCGGGUUCUAGAAGACUUGGGCUUCAGAGACCUUGCUCUACAGUCUCGGGGUCCACAAGAUCUCCGAGCCAUUGAAUCUCAAGAAAAAGUCCCCUCUGAGGAUGCUGGAACUACUGCUCCCUCUACUGUGGAAGCAGCCCCUGAUCCCUCUGUGGCUGGCUGGGAAUGUCCAGGGUGCACUUUUAUCAACAAGCCCACGAGGCCAGGCUGUGAGAUGUGCUGUGAGGCUAGACCUGAAGGUUACCAGGUGCCCAGCUCCCACCAGCCAGACGAAGAGGAGCAGGCCCGGUUACAGAAUGAGGAAGAUGCCCUGCGGCAGUACCACCUGAGGAAGCAGAAGCAGCAGGAGGGGAACUACCUUCAGCUCCUGCAGCUGGACCAGCGGAGCCUCGUGCUGAGCACGGAGGCAGUGGAGUGCCCCAUCUGCUACUUGUCCCUGGGGCCUGGCGAGGGAGUUGUCCUUCGAGAGUGCCUUCACUCCUUCUGCAAGGACUGCCUUCAGGGCACAAUCCUGAAUAGCCAGGAGGCUGAGGUGUCGUGCCCCUAUAUUGAUGACACUUACUCCUGCCCAGGGAAGCUGCAGGAGCGAGAGAUCCGAGCGCUCCUGAGCCCGGAGGAAUACCAGCGUUUCCUGGACCUGGGCAUCUCGAUCGCUGAGAACAGAAGUGCCUUCAGCUAUCACUGCAAGACCAAUGAUUGCCGAGGCUGGUGCUUCUUUGAGGAUGAUGUCAACGAGUUCAUUUGUCCUGUGUGUGGGCACAUUAACUGUCUGCUCUGCAAGGCCAUUCAUGAGAACAUGAACUGUAAGGAAUACCAGGAUGACCUCGCCCUGAGGGCACAGAAUGAUGUAGCUGCUCGGCAGACCACAGAGAUGCUCAAGCUGAUGCUGCAGCAGGGCGAGGCCAUGCACUGCCCUCAGUGCCAGAUUGUGGUACAGAAGAAGGAUGGCUGUGAUUGGAUCCGAUGCACCGUUUGCCACACAGAGAUCUGCUGGGUUACCAAAGGGCCACGCUGGGGCCCUGGAGGCCUUGGGGAUACCAGUGGGGGCUGCCGCUGCCGGCUGAAUGGAAUCCCCUGCCACCCCAGCUGUCAGAACUGCCACUGAGGAGCCCCUGAGGAGAUCCUGGCCAUGACAGCACAGCCACCAGGGCAAAACCAACCCUCAGGGAACUGACCUUCCCAGCAGACAUCCCCAGCCCCCACCUCCCAUCCUGCCCCAGCACCACAGACCCAUCCCAGCGUAGAUCAGGGGUGACAUGGAUGUGGAUUCUUGGGCAGCCUGGGGUGGGAAACUGUUGGCUUCCUGUGCUACCAAAAGGCCAUCACUGGGGAGGAACCAGAGGGUCCCCAGUGACUCUUCAGAGUGUGAGUUCAUUCCAGUGCCUUUGUUUCUUUGGCAACUUUUGGCCAGGCUUCAGCAGAACAGACCUCCAGUCCCCCUCUCUGCUGCUGUUGCUACCGAUGCCUGGCUCUUGGCUUUAACCAUGCUUUGGAUAGUCAACAACAGUCACCCACACCCUGGCCAUUGACCACCUAUAUGCCUGUUGCUCACAGGGCAUCAUUACCUUGUACCAGGCACAGAGAUGGGUCUUUCCUUAUCCCCCGCUGCCAGGGUUUAUAGACCGACCCCCAGCAUAGUUGAGUGGGAGGUUCUUCACACAUACUGGGCCCCUGGAUUACUGAGGGAAGAGGGGUGUCCUCUGCCUGGGGUAAAGCACCUUGGACCUGUGUGUUCACAUUAAAGUUUUCUUUGGAGAACAGGAAGCUGUCAUCUUUAAGCAUAUAUAUGUGCCAGCUCAUCUAGGGCAACCCUUAGAAAUACCUCUAAUGGUCAAGAAGGUUUUUUUUUAAACUUAACCCUACAUAUGCCUCAGUGCAACUUCUUCCAUCCCAUCCCUAGUCCUGGCCUUUGGGGCCGCGUAGAGCAAGGGAAAUGCUUUACUUAUGAUCCCAGAGCAAGUUAACAGCAGAGUUGUGUUGAGGCACUCGCCUUUUCUACAUCACACUUUCUCCUCAUCCCAGGGUCUGGCUGAAUUACCAAAGGGGUGUGUUUUGCUCUGAUCAUUGCUUGUCUGUUAUAAUAGCUGCUAACCUACUAACAAAGAACAAUGGUCUGUUUAUAAUAUUCUAAGAAGCAAGAGUUUUCCCUGACCAUAGUAUCUCUGACAAGUGGUUCUCCAGCUUGUACUUAAAGACUAAAAGAGAACUUGGUACCUUAGACAGCUCUAACAUUUUUUCUUCCUGUGAAGUUGAAAUUUGCCUUACACCCAUUGCUCUUCAUUCUGCCCUCUUCCACAAGUUGUUGUUGAGUCAUUUUCAGUCACGUCCAACUCUUCCUGACCCCUUAAGGGGUUUUCUUGGCAAAGAUACUGCAGUGGUUUGCCAUUUCCUUCUCCAGAUGAGGAACUGAGGCAAACAGGUUAAGUGACUGGCCCAGGGACACACAGCUAAUAAGUGCCUGAGGCCGGAUUUGAACUCAUGAACAUGAGUCUUCCUGAUUCUAAGCCCAGUGCUCUAACCACUGUGCCACCUAGCUUGCCCUUUUCCACAAGACAGCGCUUCAAAAUGCUUAAAGAUAGAUAUGAGUACUUUCCACCCCCUCCCCCCAGACCAAUCUCUCCUUUAGGCUAAAUAGUUCCUUCAGCCAGUCCUUGUUAUGUGGCAUGGUUUCUAGGGUAGUGAGAAAAUGAAUAUCCACAUGUAAUGGUGGGGUAAAGAGAGUAUGUCUUACAUAUAAAGUAGUGUGGGUGUGUGUGUGUGGGUGUGUGGGUAUGUAUGGGUGGGGGCUGCCCCAAGUAAAGCUCAUGCGUCACUUCUCAUUUUUUUAACUUCUCCGCCCACCUUGUGUGUGACCCCUAAGGAGAACACACUGCCACUGUAGUUUCAAAUACCUUUGCUAUAAGUAAUGGUCUUUUAAAAGUCAGAGUAAUAAAACUCCGUGAGAGGCAUCGUGUGUAGUAAUGGGUAGAGGGAUUAGAAUGAUCUGGUUCUCAGGUUCCGGUCCUUUCUCCGACACAUGAUUUGAUGUGUCUUUUAUUUUAACCUGUCAGUUGCAGAGUGGAUGCCACCUGUAUUGAUAGAGGGAGUUCCCUACGCAAUGGAAAUCACUAUCCUGGUCCCCCAGAAAUGUAAAAAA